CGUCACCCCUUAGCUAAAUCACACCAAAACCCUAAUCUCUCAAACCUUCUCUCAAACACAAAAUGGUUAACCCUAAAGUUUAUUUCGACAUGACCGUUGGCGACAAAGCCGCCGGCCGCAUCGUGAUGGAGCUUUACGCCGACACAGUCCCCGAGACGGCCGAGAACUUCCGUGCUCUCUGCACCGGCGAGAGAGGAAUCGGCAAAUCCGGAAAGCCACUCCACUACAAGGGCUCGGCUUUCCACCGCGUGAUCCCCAAGUUCAUGUGCCAAGGAGGAGAUUUCACCGCCGGGAACGGAACCGGAGGAGAGUCGAUCUACGGCAUGAAGUUCAAAGACGAGAACUUUGUCAAGAAGCACACCGGUCCGGGUAUUCUCUCCAUGGCUAACGCUGGUUCGAACACGAACGGGUCUCAGUUUUUCAUUUGCACUGAGAAGACAUCGUGGCUCGACGGGAAGCAUGUUGUGUUCGGUCAAGUUGUCGAAGGGAUGGAUGUCGUUAGAGACAUUGAGAAGGUUGGAUCUGACAGUGGAAGGACUUCUAAGAAGGUUGUGAUCGCUGACUGUGGUCAGCUUUAGAUCUGAUGAGGGGAAAAAGAGAGAGGUUGUUGAUCCAAUGGUAGCUUUGUGUUUUUUCUCUGUUGUGUUUUGUUUUUUGUUCUGGUUUUCUUGGGUUUUCUCUGUAUUUCUAUGGCUACCAUUGAAUAAUAAUGAUAAUGAUUAAUCUUA